CAUGCGCGCGCAGGCGCAGGCGGGGGCGUCUCGCAUCCCCGAGAGGGAGCCGACUCCGUCCCGGAGCGAUGCCGGAGCGGUCGGAGGAGACCUUGGCCCCGGCCCCGCUGCCUCCGGUAGAGGCCCGAAGGAGGGCCCGCCGAGAAAGCUUCCAACAACACCAAGAAGGGCUGGCUGAAGGAAAGGGGAUGGCUUAUUUUGCCAAAGAAGUUCGACUUACUAAAAAACAUGAAGAAAUACUAGCACAAAGAUUAUUGUUACUUCAAGAAAUGGAAAAUGAUCACAUUGGUCAGAAGACUGAAAAAAAGGCAUCUCACAUAAAAGCAGCUAAGCUAGCCUAUAAAAGGAAUAAGAGCCUUUUAAACGAUAUAAGAACACUAGAAGAGAAACUUGAAAAAAAGUUACAUUUACGAUCAUAUCCUGAAAUGGUUAAUCUUCAGAUUGUCUUGGUGUGAGCCUCCCAGCUUUGAAGAAUGCCAUUUGGCAUAAUUGCCAAAACCACCCCUCUCUCAGUGUCAUCAGGUCAUAGGCCAGCAGGUCAGUGGAAAGGUUGAUGUUCUUGUUCCUAAUCUAUACUCUUUGCAUUCUACAAAUCACUUUGUCUUGGGUGUUUCAAAAAGCAAAAACAUCACUUAAAUUGUCAUUUUUGUUCUCACAAUUCUAAGUAUCUGUCAAUACACAGAACUGGGCCGUAAAGGCCAAAGGCUAAAACCAUUAUCAGAAUCUAGCUAGUUCUUCUUUUUACUGGAGGGAGUUAGAAGUAUUUCAAAUACACCUGUUAGAAUAAGAGAUUCUAAUAGGAUUUUUACUUGGUUUUCUGAGGAUUGCCUUCGUUACUGAGGAGAGUAAUGGGCUCUUCUCUCUCUUCAUCUUUUAACUCUCUUUCCUUUCCUUGAGUUUUCAGUGAAGCAUCCAUUCAUAAUUCCUAAACAAUAUAGCUUUAAAACUCAUUCCAACACUGCAUAGAGUGUCAGUGGCUAGAGUGAGAUCGGACUCCCUAAUUUUUAGAUCCCACAAGCACAAGGACCAAUAGCCACACAAGGAAUUCCUCCUAAUGAGAAUCUACGUUUUACUUAAAUUAUUCUUUGAUCAUUUUCAUUUUAACUUGGCUCACGUUUAAAUAAUACAAUAGCAUGAGUUUCCAAAAAAACAACUUUAUAGUGAAAUGUCCAUUAUGCUGAUAAGUUUCUAUAAACUGCCAUCUUGGAAAUAUCCUGUUGAGUGGGUGUUGGUGUUUGUAACAAUAACGUUGUUUUCAUACUAUGUGAUGGCAGAUUAGCACGCUUCUCUGCAGUGUUAACAGUUGUAAUUAAGGAAUAAACAGUACAGGGUGUCAGUCCGAUGACAAUUUCAUCUAUAGUGUCACAAUACAAAAUGUCACAAAAUAUUAGAACUGUUAUAGAACUACAAAAAUAUCAAAUUAGGUUUAGUCUUAAAAGCUGAAAGCCUUAAAAAAAAAAAAAAAAAAAAAAAAA